CAGGAGCGCUCUCUGGUCAGAAUCCACUGCAAAAUCCUCCCUUAUCAAACGCCAUCUUGUGACAUCAGGUGCUUUUUGUAAAGAUUUCGGAACGUAGGUUCGGCAGCUAUCUUCGUGAAUAAUGGUGAAGCUGGGGAGUAACUUGAACGAAAAGAAUACCAAGCAAUCUUGUAGUGAUGAUAAUUUUCACACCGUCCCCUUGAUCACACCCUUGGAUGUGAAUCAUCUGCAGUUCCCUGCUCCAGACAAGGUUGUGGUGAAAACGAGAACCGAAUUCCAGUCAGAUCAAAAGAACAAAGGGAAACUGCGGGUACCGAAAAUAGCUGAAUUCACAAUCAGCUUCAACGACGGAGUAUCCGAAAGGCUCAAGGUUACCAUUCUCAUUUUUCUUGCUCUUGCAUUUCUUGCCUGUAUCGUGUUCCUCGUGGUAUACAAAGCCUUCACCUAUGAUCACAGUUGCCCAGAUGGAUUUGUGUAUAAGCAUAAACGCUGUAUACCAGCAUCUCUUGAAGCCUACUACUCAGCACAAGACUCAACUUCCCGAGGGCGAUUCUACACGGUCAUCAGCCAUUACAGCCUGGCUAAACAAACGACCUCCCGAUCAGUUUCUCCAUGGCUGCCUGCUGCAUCAGCUGAGAAACCAGCAGAACAUGAUUCAAAAUCCUCAAGCAGUGAUAGUCACUGAACAACUUGCCAGGGGUAACGUUUUUUCAAAACAUAAAACUAAGUGAAAGGUGUUAAGGUUGCAAAUAAUGGACUGUUGUAUCAGUUCCAAAAGGAAGCAGUGUUUGGAUUAUACAAUAAUUGUUUCUUUUGUCCCUUGUCCUCGUUGAUUUGUAAUUGAUUCUGAAGUUUUUUGUACAAAGGCAUGUUUGGUGUUGCUGCACUUCACAUUAUAAACUCAUUUUUAAAUAGGCUACUUGAAGAAAUCUGUCUUCAAUGACUUUGUUCUUAUUGUUUAAUUGAAUUUCAAAAAUAACCUUCAUAAAGUGUUCAGUGAGCUCUCUCCUGAAGACAGAGGCAUUUAUUCAUUAUUUGAAAUAGAGCAUUUCCCGCAUGAGCAGUUUAUGUGCAUGAAAUUUUGCACGUUUAGCUGACGUGUACAGUUAUAAUCAUAUAAUGUUGUCACCCUCAGUGGCUGCACUUUUCUGGAAGUAAAACAGAUAAGUUUAUGUAAUUCAGCCAUUGGCUGAAGAGCAGUUGAUAACAAAUAUUUCUUCUAUGCCUACAGACACUUGGGUGCUUUGUAGUUCCUGCAUACUACAGUAACGCUUAUGCCUGGAAAGGGAUAAAGUGAUUGACUGCUGUACAUAUGAAUUCUUGAUAUUGAGGAUGCAGUGUGGGGAUUUAUACAUUAGAUUUCACAUGAAUAACAGAUUUGUAGCUGAAGCUUGGUAGAGAAUUGUAAUGAUUAGUAUUUAACACAAGUGCAGAAUCAUCUUUCUCAUGUUUUCACAUGUAAUAUUACAUUGUCAAUCGUGUUGAUUUCAAGCUAAUGUAAAAAAGAAGGAAUAAUUUAUAACUCCUUGUGGUGUAUUUUUGUCACUAUCUAGCAGAAACUAAAGUUUUUUUGGUUGUG